CUCUACUACCUAGCCUAGCGAUACACUAGCCACCAGUUCACCUCACCAUCCCCGUUGGAGACCAGCCGCCGGAGAGCCGCCGGCAGAUCGGAUCGAGCAGAGCAAUGCAGGUCGCGACCGGGGCCCUGAGCCCCCUCCUCCACAAGCUCGGGGACCUGCUCGUGGCCGAGCUCACCCUGAGCAGCCGCGUGAAGAAGGGCGUCCAGUCCCUCACCACGGAGCUGGAGCUGAUGUACGUCGUCCUCUCCAAGGUCGGCGACGUGCCGGCGGACGAGCUCCACCCGCAGGUCCGGAUCUGGGCGGGCAAGGUCCGGGAGCUCUCCUACAACAUGGAGGACGCCGUGGACGCCUAUAUGGUCCGGGUGUGCGACGGCAGCCAAGUUGAACUCGGCCCCAACAACUUGAAGAACAGAGUCAAGAAGUUCUUUAAGAGGACCAAGAAGUUGUUCACCAAUGGCAAGGCUCUGCAUCAGAUCUCCGGCGCCAUCCACGACGCCCAGGAGCUCGCCAACCAGCUGGGUGAGCUCCGUCAGAGGUACGAUCUUGUGGCAUCCACGGAUGGUGUAGCGAAUGCCAUUGAUCCUCGCCUCAAGGCUGUGUACAGGGAUGUCACAGAGCUUGUAGGCAUUGAGGAUAGGCGGGAUGAGGUGAUUGAGAAGCUUUUUAAUGGGGAUGACAUGUCUAAGCAGCAGCUCAAGACACUCUCUAUUGUUGGAUUUGGUGGAUUGGGCAAGACAACGCUUACCAAAGCAGUGUAUGACAAGAUCAUAAAGCAGUUCGACUGUGGCGUGUUUGUUUCGGUGUCACGGAAUCCCGACAUAACAAAGAUUUUCAAGAAUAUGUUGUAUGGACUAGACAGUAGUAAGUUUGCGAACAUCAACGAAGCCAUUAGGGACCAUGAACAACUCAUGAAUGAGCUGAGAGUGUUUCUUCAGGAUAAGAGGUACUUAAUUGUCAUUGAUGACAUUUGGAGUGAGGAUGCAUGGGAAAUUAUCAAGUGUGCUUUGCCUAAAAGCGAUCUUGGUAGUCAAGUAAUAAUAACAACUCGCAUAACCAGUGUCUCCGAAGCAUGUUGCCCAUCUUGUGAUGAUAUUAUUCAUAAGAUGAAAUCUCUUGAUAAUGAUGACUCCAAAAGGCUCUUCUACAAAAGAAUAUUCCCUCAAGGAAGUGAAUGUCCUGUUGAACUGGAGCAAGUAUCUAGAGAGAUUUUGAAGAAAUGUGGUGGCGUGCCACUAGCCAUCAUUACUAUAGCCAGUCUGUUAGCCAGUAAUGAUCAGCAGAUAAAGCCAAAGUAUCAAUGGGAUAACUUACUGAGUUCUAUUGGUCGUGGACUUGAAGAAGGUGGUACUGCGAAGGAUAUGCAGAGAAUACUAUCCUUUAGUUAUUAUGAUCUACCUUGUUAUCUAAGGACUUGUUUAUUAUAUCUCAGUAUAUUUCCAGAAGAUUUUGAGAUAGAUAGAGACCGGUUGAUAUGGAAGUGGAUAGCCGAAGGCUUUAUCCAAGGUGGAGAACAAGACAUUAGACUAUUUGAGCUUGGAGAGAGAUACUUCACUGAGCUGAUAAACAGAAACUUGAUCCAGCCAUCAUAUGUUGAUUUUCAUGGUAGGGUGCGAAGUUGUCUCGUACAUGAUAUGACUCUUUCAAACUUCCAUGUUCUGCGUGUAUUGGAUUUAGAAGGUUGUAAUCUUCAGAAAAGCAGCCAACAGAUUGAUCUUAGGAAAGCUGCAAUUUUUGCAAACAAUGAACUUAAGAACGUGUAUGGUGAUGCCAUCCAGUGUUGGUCGGCUAGGACAUUUAAUGUGCCUCUAUGUUGAUAUUACAGUGAGAUUACCAGUU